UCGUAUAAACUUGUUAACAGUCACAGACACGCACACUCGCAGAGGCAAAUAACCAUCGUGUGCUUGCUCUUCUUCUUCUUCCAGCUCCACAUUUUGGCACAUUUGCCAGCUGUGCACGUGAAAGCCGCCGCCGCAGCAGCAGCCACAACAGCAACAAAGCAAAACGCAAACGUAAACGUAAAUCAUCAAAUUAUCAAAAAUCAGCAAUUUCGUUUUUUUGUGUAAUAUUAGUUUAUUCAACAACAGUUACCCCAACAGAAGCGACAUGUCGAAGGCGAAAGGCAAAAAGAAGGAACGCUUCGAUGACGAAGACGAUCACAAAGAGACAGAGAAAGUGAUUGCCAACGAGAAGAAGCAGGCAAACAAAAAGGGCAAGAAGGGUAAACGAACGGGUGCUGGCGGUGAUUCUAGUGAUAAUGAAUCCCUAAACAGCAACAAGUUAGCGGAUGAUCUGGAAAGCAACAAAUCAUCGCAAAGCAAGCAGAAGAAGGCAGCCAAAAAGGGUAAAAAGGGUAAGAGAAACGAUGAUUGGAGCGAUGAGGAUGAGACGCCAGCAAAGCCAGCUGCUGAAUCCGACCAAGAGAUGGCGCCAGUUGCAAAAACCGCCAACAAGAAGCAGCAGCAACAGGGCAAGAAGAGUAAAAAGAACAACAAAAAGAAGUUGGAUGAUGGCUUCAGUGACGAUGACAGUGACAACGAGCUUGAUAAUGCGGAGGAGGAGCAGGAGGAGCCGGUGGCAAUCAUAGCCAAGAAAUCCAAAAAGAAGCAGCAACAGCAAAAGAAUAAAUUUGCCAUGAGUGACGAUGAUGAAGAUGAGGAUGAGGAGGAGGAGCAGCUAGAUGUGGACUCUGAGGAGGAGCAAGUGGCAGCUGCUAAGCCGGCAACCAAGAAAUCCAAGCAAAAACAGCAGAAGCAGCAAAAGAACAAAUUCGAAAUGAGCGACAAUGAAGAUGAGGAGGAAAAGGAGGAGGAGCAGGAGCUGGAGGUGCAGAAAGCAGAAGAGGCAGAGAAGAAGGAUGUGAAGCAGGCGGAGCAAUUGAAGCCCGAGUCCAAAUCAGAGCCUGAACUCGAUCAGAAAUUGACUGAAAAAGUAGCUGCAAUAACGCUCAAGGAAACGGAACCAGCGGAGGCGGAGGAGGAGGAGCCCAAGUCGGAAGAGUCUGCCGAGGCAACUGUCGACACCAAGGACAAGGACAAAGAGAAGGACAAGAAGCUCACACACAAAGAGAAGAAGAAGCAAAAGAAACAGCUGGAAUAUGAGCGACAAAUGGAAUUGAUGACCAAAAAGGGAGGAGCUGGACACUCGGAUCUGGAUAACAAUUUCACCAUGUCGCAGGUGCAAAAGAGCGCAGGACAACAGGCGGCCUUGGAGCAUGCCGUCGACAUCAAGAUUGAGAAUUUCACAAUAUCAGCCAAGGGUAAUGAUUUGUUUGUGAAUGCGAAUCUGUUGAUUGCCCAUGGACGUCGCUAUGGUCUCGUGGGUCCCAAUGGACAUGGCAAGACGACGCUGCUGCGUCACAUUGCGACGCGUGCCUUUGCCAUCCCACCCAACAUUGAUGUGCUGCUGUGCGAACAGGAGGUGGUGGCCACCGAUAAGACGGCCAUUAAUACCAUCUUGGAUGCGGAUGUGAAGCGCACGGAGAUGCUCAAGAAGAGCGAGGAGUUGGAGAAACAAUUUGCUGGCGGUGAUCUGAGCGUGCAGGAGGAACUCAAUGAUACCUUCGCUGAAUUGAAGGCAAUUGGCGCCUAUUCGGCCGAGGCACGUGCUCGUCGCAUCCUUGCCGGUCUUGGUUUCAGCAAGGAGAUGCAGGAUCGACCCACCAACAAGUUCUCGGGUGGCUGGCGUAUGCGUGUCUCCUUGGCCCGUGCUCUGUACUUGGAGCCAACAUUGCUGAUGCUCGAUGAGCCGACAAAUCAUUUGGAUUUGAAUGCGGUCAUUUGGUUGGACAACUAUUUGCAGGGGUGGAAGAAGACAUUGCUGAUCGUUUCUCAUGACCAGAGUUUCUUGGACAAUGUCUGCAACGAGAUCAUUCAUCUGGAUCAAAAGAAGCUGCAGUACUACAAGGGCAACUACUCCAUGUUCAAGAAGAUGUUUGUGCAGAAGCGUCGCGAGAUGAUCAAGGAGUAUGAGAAGCAGGAGAAGCGUAUACGCGAACUGAAGGCACAUGGACAGUCCAAGAAGGCGGCGGAGAAGAAGCAAAAGGAGUCCCUCACCCGUAAGCAGGAGAAGAACAAGACAAAGCAACAGAAACAGGAUGAGGAUGAGGGGCCACAGGAGCUGUUGGCUCGUCCCAAGGAAUAUAUUGUGAAAUUCCGUUUCCCGGAGCCAUCACAAUUGCAACCACCAAUUCUGGGUGUGCACAAUGUCACGUUUGCCUUCGAUGGCCAAAAGCCAUUGUUCAUUAAGGCCGAUUUUGGCAUUGAUCUGACCAGUCGUGUGGCCAUUGUCGGACCCAAUGGUGUCGGCAAAUCAACGUUCCUCAAGCUGCUGCUGGGCGAACUGGAGCCCCAACAGGGUGAGCAGCGCAAGAAUCAUCGCCUGCAUGUCGGACGCUUCGAUCAGCAUUCGGGUGAGCAUCUGACGGCAGAGGAAUCGGCUGCGGAGUAUCUACAACGUCUAUUUAAUUUGCCGCAUGAGAAGGCGCGCAAGGCAUUGGGAUCGUUUGGAUUGGUCAGUCACGCGCAUACGAUCAAAAUGAAGGAUCUGUCUGGUGGUCAGAAGGCGCGUGUCGCUCUCGCCGAGCUGUGCCUUAGUGCGCCCGAUGUGCUCAUCCUGGAUGAGCCGACCAAUAAUCUGGAUAUUGAAUCAAUCGAUGCUUUGGCCGAGGCCAUCAAUGAGUAUGAAGGCGGCGUCAUUAUUGUCUCCCACGACGAGCGACUCAUACGUGAAACGGGCUGCACCCUGUAUGUCAUCGAGGAUCAGACAAUCAAUGAGAUCGAUGGCGAGUUCGAUGAUUAUCGCAAGGAGGUGCUCGAUUCACUCGGCGAGGUGGUCAACAAUCCCAGUGUUGUGGCCAAUGCGGCAGUGCUGCAGUAGACUGUCUCCAGUCUCCCGUCUAUAGUCACUUCACUAGAUAGCCUUUUUUAUAUAUAUAUAUAUUGUAUGUAUGAACGAUAACGAAUGUUAAACUUAUUUGGAAUGCGUACAGGUGUACUAAAUAAAUUCACAAUGUUUAUUAAAUAUG